AUGAUUUCCUCGCGCUGCUGCGCGCCGUGCUGCUGUCAAGAUACAAUGCCGAAUGUGCCGGCGCCCUGCCCGGUGGGGCCGCUGAACCAGGCGAUCAACCCGAAGAUCUUGGACUAUCCGUUCAUGAUCGGAAUUGGUGGUGAAGUCGUCACCACGGCUCCCGUGGUCCUUCUGCCAUUCUUCUUCCGAAGCUUCAGAGACAACGAAGGCGGCAGCAACAAUGUGAUGGUCCUGCAGCUGACUCGCGUCCUUUGGGUUGGCCUGACGGCCCUUGGCGCCUUCUGCGCCUUCAG